UACCCGGCCUCUGCGCAGCUAACAGGCUAAGCUGGCUCGACUUGCAGCUUCUCUCUGCUUGCUUAGUUAGUUUGAGGCGCACCGGCUCCAUCCUCACCACGGUGCUGUUCACACCGACCUGACUGAAGGUUCACGCCCGACACAGGGACACCGAGUUCGGACAUCAGCUUACAAACAGUUGAAGAUGAUUAAGCUCUUCUCCCUGAAGCAGCAGAAGAAAGACGAGGAAUCUGCUGGAGGAAACAGAGCCGGAGCCGGGGGGAAGAAAGCCAGCGCGGCCCAGCUCCGAAUACAGAAAGACAUCAAUGAGUUAAACUUGCCAAAGACGUGUGAAAUCAGCUUCCCAGAUGACGACGACCUCCUCAACUUUAGACUCAUCAUCUCACCAGACGAGGGUUUUUACAAAGGAGGAAAGUUCGUCUUCAGCUUUAAGGUAGGACAGGGUUACCCCCACGACCCCCCAAAGGUAAAGUGUGAGACCAUGGUCUAUCACCCCAACAUCGACCUGGAGGGAAACGUCUGCCUAAACAUUCUACGAGAGGACUGGAAGCCCGUUCUGACAAUAAACUCCAUCAUCUACGGUCUACAGUAUCUAUUUCUAGAGCCAAACCCAGAGGACCCGUUGAACAAGGAGGCAGCAGAGGUCCUGCAGACGAACCGGCGGCUCUUCGAGCAGAACGUCCACCGCUCUCUGAGGGGCGGCUACGUCGGCGCCACCUACUUUGAGAGAUGUCUGAAGUAGCGGGUCGUCCCCCCGUCCUCCAGGCUCCUCCCACAUCUCCCCCCUCCGCCUCACCUCUCCUCCUCCCCCCUCCAGCUCCUCUUGGAUUUCGCUCGUCGACUGAAGCGGGAGCCGCAGCGACGGAAAGCAGCACGGCGCCGCAUGCUUUACCGUUUUAACGCAACAGAAGAAGCUCCGCCUCUCCUCUCAUCCUCACCCCUCUCUCUCCUCCUCCUGCAUUUCUCUCUCACUUCUCACUUCAGCCAUUUGCACGCCAAUGGGGGGGGGGGACGCCGACCAACAGCUCAUCUGACCGGACUCUGCUGAUGAGGAGGAGGAGGAGGAUGAAGAUGGAGGACUAUGGAUGGACAGGUGUUUGUGGAUGUUGCCCUGGUCAACGUCACAGCGCUGAUGAUGAUGAUGAUGAUGCUCACCAGAUUGUUUUCCUGUUUUUAUUAUGAUGCGUGUGGCGAAGCGCUGACAUCACACGGCUGAUCAGAAGGACCCGCCCCUCCCUGUCACCGCCUUCAUUCAUUGGUUACAGAUCAGAGCAGAAGCAGCAAACUCCAAACAGCAGCCCUACGGUGGGGCGGGGCUUCCCACCGGAUCGGACCGGUUCUAU